AUGUCAGAUAAGAAGAAAUCAAAGUCAAGCAGCAGCAGCAGCGACAACAGUGAUCUCUCUAUUAAGCCAGAGAAGACUCCAGUGUUGGAUUGUUCAAAGUGGCCAUUGUUGUUGAAGAACUAUGACAAAUUGAUGGUUAGAACAGGACACUACACUCCAAUCCCAAUGGGACACUCGCCCCUCAAGCGUCCCAUCAAGGAGUACGUCAAGUACGGUAUCAUCAACCUGGACAAGCCAUCGAACCCCUCAUCUCACGAGGUCGUCUCGUGGAUCAAGAACAUCCUCAAGGUCGAAAAGACCGGUCAUUCUGGCACACUCGACCCAAAGGUCACUGGCUGUCUCAUCGUUUGCAUUGAGCGUGCCACCCGUCUCGUCAAGUCGCAGCAGAGCGCCGGUAAGGAGUACAUGGGCAUCGUGCGUCUGCACAACGCCAUCGACGACCAGAGCGAGCUGUCCAAGGCCGUCAGCACUCUGACCGGUGCGCUGUUCCAGCGUCCACCCGAGAAGUCUGCCGUCAAGAAGAGAUUGCGUGUCAGAACCAUCCACCACUCCAAGCUGCUCGAGUACGACCAGGAGCGCAACCUCGGCCUCAUCUGGGUCGACUGUGAGGCUGGUACCUACAUCCGUACACUGUGCGUGCACAUUGGUCUGUUGAUGGGCGUCGGCGGUCACAUGCAGGAGCUGCGCAGAGUUCGUUCCGGUAUCAUGUCCGAGAAGGAGGGCAUGGUCACCAUGCACGACGUCAAGGACGCUCAGUACGAGUACGAGAACCAGAAGGAUGAGACCUACUUGCGUCGCGUCAUCCAGCCACUCGAGGCCGUGCUCACCAACUACAAGAGGAUCGUCGUCAAGGACAGCGCCGUCAACGCCAUCUGCUACGGUGCCAAGCUGAUGAUCCCAGGUCUGCUCAGAUACCAGGAGGACAUUGAGGUUGACGACGAGGUCGUUUUGAUCACCACCAAGGGUGAGGCCAUCGCCAUCGCCAUCGCCAAGAUGACCACCACAUCGCUGGCCACCUGCGACCACGGCAUCGUUGCCACCAUCAAGAGAGUCAUCAUGGACAGAGACGUCUAUCCCAAGAAGUGGGGUCUGGGCGAGAACGCCAAGAAGAAGAAGACAAUGAUCAACGAGGGCACUCUCGACAAGUUUGGCAAGCCCAACGAGAAGACUCCAGCCAACUGGCACAACAGCUACGUCUACUUGGACGGCAGCAACACCAACACUAGCAACGGCAGCGAGGAGUCCAUGCAGGUCGACACUCCAAAGAAGGAGGAGUCCAAGAAGGAGGUCAAGAAGGAGGAGUCAAAGAAGGAGUCCAAGUCAAAGAAGGAGGAGCCAAAGGAGGAUGAGGAGAUGGAGGAGGAGAAGCCAAAGAAGAAGUCAUCCAAGAAGGACAAGGAGGAGGAGAAGGAGGAGAAGGAGGAGAAGUCAUCAAAGAAGUCCUCCAAGAAGGACAAGGACGAGGACAAGGAGGAGAAGACACCAAAGAAGUCAUCCAAGAAGGACAAGGACGAGGAGAAGGAGGAGAAGAAGGAGAAGAAGGAGUCAAAGAAGGAGGAUAAGGAGGAGAAGACACCAAAGAAAUCCUCCAAGAAGGAUAAGGAUGAGGACAAGGAGGAGAAGACACCAAAGAAGUCCUCCAAAAAGGACAAGGAGUCAAAGGAUGAGGAGAAAGAGUCAAAGAAGGAGAAGACCCCAAAGAAGGAGUCCUCCAAAAAGGACAAGGAGGAGAAGGAGGAGAAGUCAUCCAAGAAGGACAAGAAGCGCUCACUCGAGGCUGAGGAGUCUCCAGCCAAGGACAAGAAGAAGAAGAAGAAGGAGUAA